UUGUCUUUGGAGGGAAGCUUGACAUUCAAAGUCACUGUUCGAGCAGUCCUUUCACCACUGGAGUUUGUAAUGAGAAACAAACGCAUGACAAAUAUCCUGGACCUGUGUGUGCUUCUGUUGAUAGCAGGCCCAAUACCAGCCCCAUUAAGGAUGGUAACAGCAGAGGGGUUAAAGGUGAGGCAGUGGCCCCCUUCACUAACUGUAAUGCGGGGUCAGAGUGCCAACCUGUCCUGCCGUUUCGAGGCCACAUCCUACGGGGUGGACUGGUUCAAGAUAGAGGGGGCCGAAAAGAUCCCCAUCCCAGAUUCAGCUGGGCAGACGUCCCUGGUGAUUAUCGAGGUGUCCGUGGAAGAUGCCGGUGUGUAUUACUGCGAGGUCAACGUCCUACACAGAGAUUCAGAGCGAGGGGGCGGCACAAAGCUCAUUGUCCUGGCACCCCCCUCUGUGCCCCAACUCCUCCUCCAGGUCCCCUCGGACCCCCAGACGGACCAGUGGGCUCUCCUCUGCGUCACCGGUGGGUUCUACCCACACCACCUCACCCUAAGCUGGACACACCAGAGUGGAGAAGAUAGCCCCCACCACUUUGUUGGCCGCAACUGCACCAUUCACCCUGACUACCAUGACGUCAACCAAUCACAUAGCCUAAUCCCAAAGAUCUCAACUCCUAAUUGGAUGGGAGAGUGUUUACAGGUGACGGACAGCUCCAGAACGGAAGUGUAUGUAAUCAGUGUGCUGUCACUCCCCCCGCGGGGGUCUGUAGAUGCUGGGAUCAUCUACACCUGUAGUGUGCAGGAUCACCCUGCACUGGACUCCCCCCUGUCUGCCUCGUUCACCUGGGACGCAGCCCCCAAUGAGGUGAUUGGAUGCUUGAAUAUCCUUAAGGUCUGUGUCCUCUGUGGAGUGACUGUGGUGUUUUCCAUUGCAACACUGACAAGCUUGUGUGUGAGAAAAAAAAGACCUCGUGUGACCAAUGUACUCAAAUAAAGGGAGAAAACAAAGGACAUUUGAGAGAAAGAAAACAAAGGAUCUGAACACACCAAGAGCAUCCGAUUUUCCGUAAAUAAUAGGCUACCCACGACAGCUUCUACACAGAUCUUUACUGCAUGAUACAUUUCCUGAUCAGAUGGCACACUUUUUAUGACAAAGAGUAUGCUGGGUUUU